GGAGGAGCAGGCGGCGGCUGCGGACGGAGCGAUUCGCCCAGACGGUCGGACACUCCUGCCUUCCCCUCCUGGGAUCAUGACCCAGGCGGGGGUCGCCGCCGUCGCCGCCGCCACCGCGGCCGAGACCGCGCAGCCGGCGGUAAGAAGAAAGCAAAACCUAUAGUCCAUCUUCUGGCAGAAGAUGUUAUGUUUGGAUCAGAAACGGGAGGCGUUGGAAGCCAGGAAUCAAAAGUGAAGAAACUCUGCAAGUCCUUAGGUUCCUAUUACUGUAACCAUGCCAGAAAUGACAGAGAAUGAGACACCUACAAAAAAGCAGCACAGAAAGAAAAACCGGGAGACACACAAUGCAGUGGAGAGGCAUAGAAAGAAGAAAAUCAAUGCUGGAAUAAACAGAAUAGGAGAGCUGAUCCCAUGUUCUCCUGCCCUGAAGCAGAGCAAGAAUAUGAUCCUGGACCAAGCCUUUAAAUACAUAACAGAAUUGAAAAGGCAAAAUGAUGAACUCCUGCUUAAUGGAGGAAACAAUGAACAAGCUGAAGAAAUAAAAAAGCUACGGAAACAACUCGAAGAAAUCCAGAAAGAAAAUGGCCGAUAUAUUGAAUUACUGAAAGCUAAUGACAUAUGCUUAUAUGAUGACCCCACAAUUCACUGGAAAGGAAAUCUUAAAAACUCAAAGGUCUCUGUUGUUAUUCCUAGUGACCAGGUUCAAAAAAAUAUUAUUGUUUAUUCCAACGGGAAUCAGCCUGGUGGAAACAGCCAGGGAAUCGCUGUUCAGGGGGUAACUUUUAAUGUUGGUCCUAAUUUACAAAAGCAGACCGCUAGUGUGGUGCCAGUACCGAGGACUUGCAAUCUGGUGACUCCUGCGUCUAUUUCCGGAGUUUACCCUUCUGAAAACAAGCCAUGGCAUCAGACCACAGUUCCUGCAUUGGCCACCAACCAGCCUGUUCCUCUGUGUCUUCCUGCUACCAUUUCUGCUCAAAGUAUUCUCGAGCUUCCCACCUCUGAAAGCGAAUCAAGUGUGCUUGGUGCCACUGGUGGCUCCCUGAUUGCCGUUUCCGUUGGACCUGAGCCUCACCAACAUCGUUCUUUGCACACAUGUCUAAAUGAUCAAAGUUCUUCUGAAAAUAAGAAUGGACAGGAGAACCCCAAGUUAUUGAAGAAAAUGUCCCCCUGUACUACAAACAUCCCCCUCAGCUCCUCAGCAACUGCCACUGAGGUGCACCAUGGAAGCAAGUCCUGCUUGAGCACACAGGACUUCAGAGGUGAUGUUCAGAACACUGUUGUUGUCUCAGUUACCACCACAGUCUGCGCCCAGCCUCCCAGAACUGCAGGUGAGUCUUCUCCGGUGAGCAUCAGCAAGAGUGCAGACUCAACAAGCACAGCUACAGUGGUGGCUUCAUCUGCCCCUGCAGUAGGGAAGGCCACCGUUCCUGUAAGCACUCUUUCAGGAAACCCUUUGGACAAUGGUUGGACUCUUUCUUGUUCUUUGCCUUCUUCAAGCGUUAGUGUUUCAGAUUUGAAAAACAUUAAUAGCCUUACCCGCAUUUCUUCAGCUGGAAACACACAGACAACGUGGACUACUUUGCAACUGGCAGGAAACACUAUUCAUCCCUUAAGCCAGACACCGUCUUCUGCUGUGACUCCAGCAUUGAGUGAGUCUGGUACUAGCCCCACCACAAGCAACCACAGUAGACACAUGGCUACAGGCAUCAACUUGAAUAAUUCCUUUCCAGCAGAUGGGCAGCCCGUUGAGCAGGUAGUUGUAACAUUGCCUUCUUGUCCGUCUUUACCUAUGCAGCCACUAAUUGCUCCGCCACAAGUUAAAUCUCAGCCGCCCAAAAAUAUCCUUCCACUGAAUUCAGCAAUGCAAGUGAUUCAGAUGGCUCAGCCAGUUGGGUCGGCUGUUAAUGCAGGCCCAACUAAUCAAAAUGUUAUAAUUCUUCAACCAGCCAGCACCACCGCAUGCCCAACAGUGAUGAGGGCAGAAGUUCCCAGCCAAACAGUAGGUCAACAGAUAGUGAUCAUACAGGCAGCCAAUCAGAACCCUUUGCCUCUCCUCUCUGCUCCACCUCCUGGUUCUGUUCGACUCCCUAUCAAUGGAGCCAAUGCUGUAAUAGGGUCUAAUAAUUCAGUGCAAAACGUUUCAACACCACAGACUUUUGGAGGAAAGCAUCUUGUCCACAUAUUACCAAGACCUUCAUCUUUAUCAGUGUCUAACUCAACACAAACGUUUUCUGUUACGAUGUCAAGCCAACAGCCUCAAACCAUUUCUUUAAAUGGACAGCUCUUUGCUUUGCAGCCUGUCCUGUCUUCGUCAGGAACUACAAAUCAAACGCCUAUGCAGAUUAUUCAGCCCACCACCAGCGAAGAUCCAAAUACCAAUGUUGCCCUGAAUACGUUUGGUGCUUUGGCCAGCCUCAAUCAGAGCAUAUCACAGAUGGCUGGGCAAAGCUGUGUGCAACUGUCUAUGAGCCAGCCUGCCAACACUCAAACUGCUGCAAAUAGUCAAACCACUCCUAACUGUGUUUCAUUAGCAACAACUGCAGCACCUCCGGUAGCAACAGAUAGUUCAGCCACACUCGCCAGUACUUACAAUCUAGUGACUCCUUCCUCUGUGAACACUGUUGCCGGUUUGCCUCCUAACGUGAAGUCAAAAAGGCUGACUAAGAAGCCAGGUGCCAAGAAACACUUAGCUGCAAACAAGUCUGCGUGUUCCCUGAAUCCAGUUAGAGAUGUGAACAAGUUAGACUGUCCCAACACUGAAGGCUCAGCAGAGCCCCCCUGUAAUGAUGGACUGCUGGAAAGCCUCCCUGCUGUAUUACCAUCUGUCUCUGUGUCCCAGGCAAAUAGUGUGAGUGUUUCUGCUUCACAUUCUUUGGGUGCUGUGAGUUCUGAAUCAUUAAUACCUGGGUCUGCAUCCAAAUCUAAGUCAGCAGAAAAGUCCAGCUCACCCUCUCAAGAAUCUGUAACAAGUGAACAUUUUGCAGUGGCCCCAGCAAAAUCCAAAGAUUCUACCCCUAAUCUGCAACAAGAGAUGUCUCAGGGUAAACCACCCAGUAGUUCAGCAUCAUCAGAUGCUGCCAAACCCUGCACUUCAGCCAAUGUGUUGAUUCCAUCUCCAAGUGAUCCUCACAUUUUGGUUUCUCAGGUUUCUGGUUUACCAUCUACCACAAGCACUACAAGUACGGACUGUGUUUCUGAGGUAGAAAUCAUUGCUGAACCUUGCAGAGUUGAGCAAGACGCAUCAGAUACCAUGCAAACCGCGGGUCUCUUAAAGGGGCAAGGUCUAACUACAUUGCUCUCUGAUCUUGCUAAAAAAAAAGACCCUCAGAAAUCCUCUCUUUCUGAUCAGAUGGAUCAUCCUGACUUUUCUUCAGAAAAUCCUAAAUUAGUUGAUUCAAGUGUGAAUUUACAACCCAAACAGGAACUCUUAUUGAUGAACAAUGAUGAGAGAGAUCCUCCACAGCAUCAUCCCUGCCUCCCUGAUCAGGAGGUUAUUCAUGGUUCUUUGAUCACCAGUAGGCAGGCUGACUCUCCCAUGUCAACCAGCUCUGGCAGUAGUCGCAGUUUCUCAGUUGCAUCCAUGCUUCCUGAAACAACGAGAGAAGAUGUGACCAGCAAUGCAACAACUAACACAUGUGACAGCUGUACCUUUGUGGAGCAAACUGAUAUAGUAGCUCUUGCAGCGAGAGCCAUUUUUGACCAGGAAAACCUUGAAAAGGGAAGAGUUGGCCUCCAGGCUGAUAUAAGGGAAGUUGCUUCAAAGCCUUCUGAAGCAUCCUCGUUAGAGGGAGACCCACCUUUCAAAUCACAGAUACCUAAAGAAAAUGGCACAGGACAGGCAGAAGCAACACCGAAUGAAUUUAAUUCUCAGGAUUCAAUUGAAGCAACUAUGGAGAGGCCCCUUGAAAAACCAAGUUGUUCUCUGGGAAUUAAAACAUCAAAUGCAUCUCUACAGGCUUCGAACCCUCAGCCACCAAGCAUCACCAGUUUGAGUGUGAAUAAUCUUAUCCAUCAGAGCAGCGUCAGCCAUCCUCUGGUCAGCUGUGCAGGGCUAUCUCCAGCUUCGGAGCCAACAACUGUGCCCGCAACGGUUAAUCUGACCAUUUCAUCUAGCUCCUACGGCAGUCAACCUCCUGGACCAUCUCUGAUAACCGAAUAUUCCCAAGAACAGCUCAAUACUAUGACUAGUACCAUACCAAAUUCACAGAUUCAAGAGCCACUCUUAAAGCCAAGUCAUGAAAGCCGGAAGGAUUCUGCUAAGCGUGCUGUCCAAGAUGACCUUUUACUGUCCUCGGCUAAACGUCAAAAGCAUUGUCAGCCAGCCUCCCUCAGGCUUGAAAGUAUGUCCCUGAUGAGCAGAACUCCAGACACCAUUUCUGAUCAAACUCAAAUGAUGGUCAGUCAGCUCCCUCCCAACUCUUCAAACUCGGUGGUGCCUGUUAGCAACCCAGCACAUGGAGAUGGCCUCACACGAUUAUUUCCACCUGCUAACAACUUUGUGGCUCCUGCACUGAGGCAAAGUGAAGUUCAGUGUGGCUCUCAGCCUUCAGUUGCUGAGCAGCAGCAAACCCAAGCAAGUCAACAUCUACAGGCCCUGCAGCAGCACGUUCCAGCUCAAGGGGUACCUCACCUUCACAGUAACCAUCUUUACAUAAAGCAGCAGCAGCAGCAGCAGCAGCAGCAAGCGGGGCAGUUAAGAGAAAGGCAUCACUUAUAUCCAAUGCAGCAUCAUGUACCUCAUGCAGAGAGCUCUGUGCACUCUCAGCCCCAUAAUGUCCACCAGCAGAGGACUCUGCAGCAGGAAGUGCAGAUGCAGAAAAAGAGGAAUCUUGUUCAGGGCACCCAGGCCUCUCAGCUUUCUUUACAAGCGAAGCACCAUGGGACUGACCAGUCCCGAUCCAAGAGUGGCCAGCCACAUCCCCACCAUCAGCAGCUGCAGCAACAAAUGCAGCAACACUUUGGAAGCUCCCAGACAGAGAAGAGCUGUGAAAACCCUUCAGCUACCCGAAACCAUCACAACCGUCCCCAGAACCAUCUCAAUCAAGAUAUUAUGCACCAACAGCAGGAGGUUGGAAGCAGACAGCAGGGUUCCGGGGUUUCAUCUGAACAUGUAUCUGGGCAUAAUCCAAUGCAGAGGCUUUUGACAUCAAGAGGCUUAGAGCAGCAAAUGGUGUCCCAACCAAGUAUUGUGACUAGAUCUUCAGACAUGACCUGUACUCCACACAGGCCGGAGAGAAAUAGAGUUUCAAGUUAUUCUGCUGAGGCACUCAUUGGAAAGACAUCUUCUAAUUCAGAGCAGAGAAUGGGGAUAUCGAUUCAGGGUUCCAGAGUUUCAGAUCAGCUUGAAAUGAGAAGCUAUCUUGAUGUUCCCAGAAAUAAGAGCUUGGCUAUUCAUAAUAUGCAGGGUCGUGUGGACCAUGCUGUAGCCUCAGAUAUCCGCCUUUCUGAUUGUCAGACAUUUAAAACGAGUGGAGCUAGUCAGCAGCCCCAGAGUAACUUUGAAGUACAAUCUUCACGAAAUAAUGAAAUAGGUAACCCUGUAUCGUCAUUGCGGAGUAUGCAGUCCCAGGCUUUUAGAAUUAGUCAAAACACUGGCCCACCGCCAACUGACCGUCAGAAGAGAUUACCUUACCCACCGGUUCAGACCAUCCCAACAGGAAACGGUAUUCCAUCAAGGGACAGUGAAAACGCUUGUCACCAAAGUUUCAUGCAGAGCUUACUUGCCCCUCACCUCAGUGAUCAGGUCAUUGGGAGCCAGAGGUCACUCUCAGAACAUCAGAGGAAUACACAGUGUGGUCCAUCCUCUGCAAUUGAAUAUAAUUGUCCCCCAACUCAUGAAAAUGUCCAUAUUAGAAGAGAGAGUGAGAGUCAGAAUAGGGAAAGUUGUGACAUGUCUUUAGGUGCAAUCAACACCAGGAACAGCACCUUGAAUAUUCCUUUUUCAAGUUCCUCUUCCUCAGGAGAUAUUCAGGGUCGAAACACAAGCCCCAAUGUGUCUGUACAAAAAUCCAAUCCCAUGAGGAUUACUGACAGUCAAGCAACCAAGGGCCACAUGAACCCUCCAGUCACAACCAACAUGCAUGGGGUUGCAAGGCCGGCACUGCCGCCUCCAUCUGUGUCUCAUGGAAAUGCUGACCAAGGCCCUCCUGUACGUCAAGCUAAUUCUUCAGUUCCCCAGAGAUCAAGGCAUCCCCUGCAAGAUAGCAGUGGUUCCAAAAUUCGUCAGCCUGAAAGGAAUCGUUCUGGAAACCAAAGGCAAAGUAAUGUCUUUGAUCCCAGUCUCCCCCAUCUUCCUCUUCCUGCUGGUGGCAGCAUGAUUCUUGGACGUCAACAGCCUGCUGCAGAGAAGAGAGGAAGUAUCGUUCGUUUCAUGCCUGACAGCUCACAAGUACCUAAUGAUAAUCCAGGUCCUGACCAGCAUACGCUAUCACAAAAUUUUGGUUUUUCUUUUAUUCCCGAGGGUGGCAUGAAUCCACCAAUAAAUGCUAAUGCUUCUUUCAUUCCACAGGUUACUCAGCCUAGUGCCACUCGAACUCCAGCCCUCAUCCCGGUAGAUCCGCAAAAUACUCUGCCCUCCUUCUAUCCUCCAUACUCUCCUGCUCAUCCAACGCUGUCCAAUGAUAUUUCAAUCCCCUAUUUCUCUAAUCAGAUGUUCUCAAAUCCUAGCACAGAGAAGGUAAACAGUGGAAGUUUAAAUAACCGUUUUGGAUCAAUUUUAUCUCCUCCCAGACCUGUUGGCUUUGCUCAACCAAGUUUUCCUCUUCUCCCAGAUAUGCCACCAAUGCACAUGACCAACUCUCACUUAUCCAAUUUUAAUAUGACAUCUUUGUUUCCAGAAAUAGCUACAGCGCUUCCUGAUGGUUCGGCAAUGUCACCUUUGCUUACAAUAGCAAAUUCCUCUGCCUCUGACUCUUCCAAGCAGUCCUCAAACAGACCUGCCCAUAACAUAAGCCAUAUUCUAGGUCAUGAUUGCAGUUCAGCUGUUUAAAUACUGAUAAAUGAAAUGUAAAGGUAAUGAGUGAGAUUACAAAUGUAUUUGUGUGUGUGUAUGGGCACAGACAUGUACUUGAAGAGAAGGAUUUUGUGUGUGUGUCUUUGUAUAAUCAGUUUUCAGUUAUCUUCUGAAUCUAGGGAAGCCAUGUCAGAGAUGAUAUAGAUACUGGGUUGUCAGAAUACAAGUUAUCUUUCAUUUUCAACUGCAUGGUGUACUUCUUUAUUUUCCAAGCAGAUUUACAUUUCCAGGUUGAUAUUUCCUAAAUACUAAUUAGCGGGAGAUUGGGGAAGGUCAUCUUGUCAUGUGCUGGGUAGCAGGAGGGAGGCCUAGCUUUUCAACUUGAUUGUUGAUAACUUGUAGAAUAUGUAGUUAAGUUGCCACUGAAAAAUACAGGCAGCUUGAUAAAACACAGUGGCCCAUAACCAAGUGCUGGCCAAUGUCAGCCUCUAGAGCAGCUGCUCACCUGUGGCAGACGUUGAACUGGUGUUGACUUCAAUGUCCAUGAAGUCAAGUAGUUAGCCAGUAAAUGAAUUGUUUAUUCUCAAGUUUAGUUAAGACAGAGGAUUCUUCCUAAAUAUAACGAUCCAUAAAGUAUCUGAAUUUUUUGCCUUGUUCUUCAAAGUAGGGAGCUGCACUAUCCUUCAAUGUGCCAAGAUUCUUUAAAGCCAAGGUUUUCCUUAGACAAUUAUUUAGCCUUAAAAAUAGAAAGCAGGCCGGGCACGGUGGCUCACACCUGUAAUCCCAGCACUUUGGGAGGCUGAGGCGGGUGGAUCACCUGAGGUCGGGAGUACGAGACCGGCCUCACAAACAUGGAGAGACCUCGUCUCUACUAAAAAUACAAAAUUAUCUGGGCAUGGUGGCACGUGCCUGUAGUCCCAACUACUGGGGAGGCUGAGGCGGAGAAGCGCUUGAACGCAGGAGGCAGAGGUUGUGGUGAGCCAAGACUGGGCCAUUGCACGCCAGCCUGGGCAAAGAGUGAAACUCCGUCUCAAAAAAAAAAGCUAAAAAGUUAGGUACUUUUCUCCAUUUUGUGCUUGCAUUUUGCAUCAGGCCAUAGGGUAAAAGCAGUUAGUUGUAUUGUGAGGUUUUGCAUGGGUUCAGUUAACAAUUGAUGUUUCAUCAGCUGAGUUUAAUUUAGUAUUCUAUUUUCAUUCUAUUUAUUUGAUCUUGAAAUAAAUUCUUUGCAUUCAUUUAAAUAUUAGGAUUGAUCAGGAAAUAGUGUGUUUGUAAUCUACACAUUUAUUUGAGCCUUACUUUAAAAAUAUUUCUGAACAGAGAUUUAGGCUCUGUCACUAUUUUCAUUUACUGAAAGUAUUUAUAUUUUAAAUAUGGCAUUGUAUAUUACGUGAUUAUCCUUCAUAACAGAAUUAUAAUGAGGAUGUGAAUUAGUGUGUUAUUUUUCUUGUUGGUAGGUGUGAAAUGGUGCUUCAAAAAACAUAUAGUCUUUAUGUCUCUCUGUGUGUAUGUGUGUGUGUGUGUACACAUAUUUUAAAGUAUGAACUGGUUCUUUGAAAACAGGCCUGCCAUCUGAAAAUGGGAAAUUGAGACCUGAGACCUGCUAAAGCAUAGAAGAACUUGAUAUAGGUAGGGGUAGUUUAAAGCCCCUCAGAAGUUUAUAAUACAUCUAAAACCCCAUAUGGAAAUUUGAAAACUUAAAAAAAAACUAAGAAAACAAGGGUAUAUAUUCCUUUCCUUAAACCCAUGAAGCCCAUUACUUUUUGUUGUUAUAUUCUGCCAGAAAUGGGAUGGGGUGGGAAAGAUGUGUAGAAAUUGUUUUAUCUGCUUUGUUAACCAGGUGAACUCAAGAACUAGCUUUUCUUUUCUUUUUUUUUUUCUUUCUUUCUUUCUUUUUUUUUCGGACAGAGUCUCACUCUGUCGCCCAGGCUGGAGUGUACAAUAGCAUGAUCUUGGCUCACUGCAGCCUCUGCCUCCCAGGUUCAAGCAGUUCUCGGGCCUUAGCUUUCUGAGUAGCUGGGAUUACAGGUGUAUAAUACCACACCCAGUUAAUUUUUGUAUUUUUAGUAGAGACAGGGUUUCACCAUUUUGGCCAGGCCAGUCUUGAACUCCCAACAUCAGGUGAUCCACUCACCUUGGCCUCCCAAAGUGCUGGAAAUUCGGGUGUGAGCCACUGCUCUUGUUCCCCCCACUCGCCCCCCAGGUUUUUGUUUUAAUUCUAAAAAGCUUCCUAAGGGUUGGUCAGAGCAGUUAACUCCAGUGAAUACCUCUUUUUUAAGACAGCAGAAGGGUCAAUUGUGCCUCUUUUACUGUUCUUAACAAACUCUCCUAUCUUUUUCUGCUGCCAACUAAGCAGCCUCUACGGGACAAAAAAAUAUAUUUUUUUUCUUGCUUACAAAGCAAGAACAACCUGUAUUUUCUUCCUUCAAAAUGGUCUUGGGGGAAGAAUAGAAGAGCUUCAUGAAUAAGUUAGUUAAACAAGACAACAGAUAAACACAGUAGUUAAAACUUUUUAUUGAGGAAAAAUGCAGCAUUUAUGACUUGCUUUUUAAUUCUCUUAACUGAAUUCUAAGCUGCAACAUUCAAGUUUUUCUUUGUACUGGAAAGGUCCAAUCUGCUAAUUUCAAGGAGGGCAGUUAUCCAAGUGUUUGGCUGUUCAUUUCUCUCCCCCUCUGUCUUCUUUCUAUCACUGCCUCCAUCUCUCUCUCUCAUGCACACACGCACACACACUCACUCACUCUACAGUGGCUGUUGAGUUCUGAAGGACUGGGGACUGCUAGACACAAUGGAAAGGAAGGUAACAGGCUAAGGAGAAGCUCAGUUUGAACACUGCAAUGCAAAGGCCUCAAAGCCUGUGACUCUAAAGUAUUUCUGUGCAUUAAUUGUAUUUUCCUGCUUAGCUGUGUUCAGACAUAGUAUUUGCAUUUCUCAGAGCUUCAUUCCAACAAGAUAACAUUUUGAUCUUGAAAGAGUCUCGAUAAGGCUUACUUGACCAUAUAAGGAAAAAUGUGACCAUCUGUGAAUAAUUGGCUCCUGCUUCUGUGUAGCUCUAAUUAUUUUACAGACAUAUGCAUGUAUAUGUAAGAGUCCAGUUCAUACAUGGGCUUGAUGCCGAAAGUGUUCAGACCAUGGUGCCCUUAUUUGAUUUAAAAGCAUGAAUAUCUGAGAUUUCCUAGCAGUAUUAAGUAUUUGAUGAUUACAGCUACGUGGUUUUUGGGAAGAAAUUUGUUAUAUCUAGUGCCAAUCUGGAUAUAAUUUUGGUAAAGCAAUGGCGGAAAACGUAGUCAGUUUUGGUUAUAAUAAAUGUAACCAUUCUUGGCUUGCUAAUGUAUGAUUAUAGAAAGUAAAACAAUUUUUAACUUCUAGAAAUACACCAAAUUAUGUCUGAGUCAGGAGAGUCGUUGAUGAAAUCAUUUAUUUCUGUCUCUUUUUUAGCACUAUUGAUCACAGAAUUAGUUAUAAAAAGGGGUUGAUUCUAUUCAACAUUUAACAUUAACUUCUAAUGGAGGGAAACCGUACGGAUUCUCUUCAUGUGUAAAUGUUUAAUGUGUCAGUCGUAGACGAAAGGAAUCUAGUUUGAUAUUGUUUCUUUUUUUUUUUUUUUUUUUGGAAAAUACAAGUUGCUCUGGGAUGGCUUAUACGUUGUUUUAUGCCAGUUCAGGAAAUUUAUUUUUGUUUUUAUUUUAAGACCUUUUGGGGUACCAGAGAUGGCACCUUUUUUCUAGGUAAGAUGUGGGAAUUCCUCAGUGGUCUUGCUUCAUAAAGUUAACAUAUGAGAACUGGGGAAAGAGAAAGGAGGGGUUAUUCUUUUGCAGCAUUUUCCAGUCACAUAUCAGGGUUAUACUGAACUGCAACAAAGAUUAACUUUUAAAAAUUAGCCUUCUUAAAAUACAAAAUGAUUUAAGUAUUUUAAAGAUAAUUUAUUUGCCUCGCUCUUGCCUUCUAACAUUAGCCAUUUCACGGAGAGGCUAAAACUUAUACUCCAAAAAACGUGGAAGCACAUUUUAAUGAGAGUAAAAUUUAAAAAUUUUGGGAAAGGGUAAAAUCUCAUUAAUAUGCAUCUUCUUAGCAUUAGCUUCUUUUUUGAUAUGUAGGCACUUAGGCUCUUCCAUCUGCUCCAUGUCAAGUAGGGCUCAGGGAAGCUGGUCCUUUCCUUUGCGGAUGAUUACUCUGUUGCCUUGAAACAUUCACUGGGCCCACCAUGUGUGGUCAGUGUGUAGUAGUGAAGUCAUACUCCCAAAUCAGUGAUUCUCAAGUCUUGGCUUUGGAAAUCAGUAUGCCUCUUGUUCUCUUAAGAGUAACAAGAAUUUCUUGAAACGAAAUUAGUUCCAAAUUGAUUUAAAAUAUUUCAGUGUGCCAUAUUGCUCUGCCCCUUGAUUUGAUUGUUCUUUUUUUUUUCCUAUGGAGGAAUGAAAGGGCAAAGGUGGUACCAAAAUGAAACAGCUUUGGAGUGAUAUCUUUAGGAGACUGGAAGCCAUUUUUGUAGUUCUGUUGUCUAUGUAAAUGCUGUCUUUGCCUGGAGGUUGUGCGCCUGUGGCUGUGUACAUCCAGAGGGCGACAGUAAUAGCCAACAACCACACAAACUAGUGAGGUUACUCUGUGAGGGACGAUUUUCUAAUAGCUAUCUGCAAAUGAAAGGCAGAAGUUAGUUUCUUCUCAAGAUGCCUUUUUGGCUGAAAGUUACCAUUUUUCUUUCCCCAGGGUUUAACAGAAAGGGGUCUUUCUUGGAUUUAACUAUAUUCUGUCUGCAUUAUAUUCUUCCUGUGUAGGUUUCUACUAGAGCCUGUGGAGGGGGGACACUAAAUUUAGAUUGAGGCAGCCCCCGCUAGUAAGAAGUGUGAGGACCUUGUUGGACACAGAGCUUCUAGGUCUUUCCACCUGUAGCCUCUACCCUGUUCCUGCACUUUACCUGAAACUGUGCCUCUGGUCUUUAGACCAGCUAUUGGAACAUAUCACUCACCCACUCUGUUAUAGCAAAGGGCCAGCUGGGAUGGUACAUGCUGUGUAGUCAGACACCUUCUCGACAAGUACAGCUGAUGUUUCUCACUGUUGCCUUAUCAUUCUCUGAGCCAUCUUUGAUGUUGAUUUGUAAAAAAACAAAAAACAAACAAAAAAACAAACUUAGUAGCAAAACUCCUGUUAAACUCGGAGCUCUUAUGUGGUGGCCACGCGACAUCCUUAUUUCUAGAUUUACACAGACUGUAUCAAAUGUCAUUUUUUUUGGCACAUGUGUUUGGUCAGAUGCUUCAUAAACAUGAACCAAUGUGGGUUGUAAAUAUUGGGCAUAAUAUCCAAAUUGGGGUAAUUUUGGAUGACUGCAUAAUCCUGUCAUUAGAGAUUUCAUAAGAUAGAAGAUAAUGAUUUGUAAUUUAACACAUUUUUUAAAAAGAUGAGAUUUAAUUUUUUUCCCUCAGUUGUGUAUACAACUACACACCAUACUAUGUCAUAGGAACCUAAAGUUAGAUGCAUCUAAAUCCCUUCACUUUUCUGAGACUUCUCUGCGCUCCCACCCCUGACGUCUUCAAAUCAUUUUUAAUCUGUGAAGUCACUGAGGUACUGGGCUUGACGACAGUGGUAAUCUUUGAGGGGAGUUGAACUGUUGAUCUUCCAAGAAGAAGGGGACCAGACAGUGUUAAGAUGCUGCAGUUGUGUUACUGUGAAGAAGAGAUUCGCUUCCACGUUCAGCAGGCUAUAUAAAUAUAUACACACAUAUAUAGAUAUAUUUUCACUUUGGUAAAAAAAAAGUUGGAAAAUCUGAGGAGAACAUAAUUACCUUCACAAAUUAUUUAUAGAUACACUGGGUGAGAAGCUUACUGAAGGGCAGCCGCCAGAAGACUAAUUUCAGUGCUUUCAGUAGGGUCUGCUGCGCAUUGCGUCCUAUUACCGUAAACCACCUGGUUUAUAAUUCUUAGGGAAACUAAUUUGUUUUGUAAUGGAAUCCAGACCAGAAAUGUAUAAUAUGAUCAGGAUUGUCCUACAGCUGUAAAUAAGAAUAGGUCCUGUUUAUUUUGACAUCUUUUUACAAAUGCAUUGUAUUAGGGUGUGAAUAUUCUGAACCAUCCUCUUGUUUAAAGUUUGGAAAUUUUUAUUGUUAAAUGUAACAUUUUAAUGGUUGUAAUAAUUAUUUGUAUAGAUAUGAAUAUAGUAUUUUAUUUAAGAAAAUAAACUUUGCAUUUUUGCAUCGUAAA